AUGUACGUGAAUUCGAUAAUUAUUAAAUUAUUGAUCAUUAUUAAAGUGAUCAUAUCGGUUGCGGUCGCACAACCAACAAUUAUACGUUGUUGUCAUGGUUCUGUAUUGGCAGAAGGUAGAAUAUAUAUUGGAGGCGGUUAUACAGGCGAUGAAAAUGAAAACAUCAACACAAAUGAUUUUUUUUCUUUCGAUUUAAGCGUUCCAUUUUCUACAACCGAUAUGCAGUAUGAAGUUCACGCAAAUGUUCCAAUAAUGAGUACAGCGCAUGCACUUGUAUAUGCAAAAAGUGAAAAGGGUGGAAUGAUAUAUUUAUUUGGUGGUAAAAGAGUAAUUCCUAUUGGAGAUCCUAUAUACGGAUAUUCCCUAGAGAAACAAGCAUGGAGUUCCAUAACACCAAAAGUUAAUAAUGGCAUCACGAUGCCAAUUGAAUCUAGUACUAGGAUUGUCGGUAUUACAGAUAGCAGCUUAGAUACCAUUUACAUAUUUGAUAAUGGAACCAUGUAUAUUUACGAUGUAUUAAAUAAUUUUUGGAAUCCUGGUGUAAUCGCUCCUUACAAAAUUAAUGAAUAUGGCGCCGUUAUGUUAAAUACCAGCGAAAUUGCUUACAUUGGUGGUUCUGAUGGUACAACAAACCUUCCUAUGGAUCAGAUCCUCUUAUAUAACACAAAAUUAUCUCUAUGGUAUAUAAAGAUCGCAAAGUCGAAUGAUGUAAUGCCAUCACCAAGGCAGGGUCACACGGCAUCUAUAGCAUCAGAUGGUCGGAUUUUUAUAUAUGGUGGUUUUGACGGUAAUGAAGAUGCGCUCUUUUCCUCCGGAAGUACUCCCACGUUCGCAGUCCUUGAGUAUGAUGGUAAUGAAUUUAUGUGGGAUUCUCCUGAGCUAUUUAAUCCGUCAUCUGUAAUGAGAAUCUAUCAUACCUCACACGUAGUAGGAGAUUAUUUGAUUAUUGCUUUCGCAUCAGUAUUUGGUACUAUUGGCUUUUUUGUAAUUAUUGCAGGUGCUUUCUACUUGAAAAAACAUUAUAAUCGAAGAGACGCUAUUCCCACCGCUUAA